AUGUCCGUAGAGCCUCACCCGUUGAGCGGCUGUGUCCGGGCCGGCGGCGGACAGGUGCAGCUGUGGCAGUUCCUACUGGAGGAGCUGGCGGCCGGCGCGCCCGGGAUAUGUUGGGAGGGCUCCCCGGGUGAAGGUGAGUUCCGUCUGUGCGACCCGGACGAGGUCGCCCGCCGCUGGGGCCGCCGCAAACAGAAACCUCACAUGAACUACGACAAGCUGUCUCGAGCCCUGAGAUACUACUACGACAAGAACAUCAUGACCAAGGUCCCUGGUAAACGUUACGCGUACCGGUUCAGCUGGCCGGGGCUGGCGGCCGCUUGCCAGGCCCAGUCGGCGGAGGCGCCCCCCUACUGGCACUACCUGGCACUACCUGGCCCGCGCCCUGCACCACCAGCGGCAACACCUCAUACAGAUACAGAGUCCUCCACACACACCACACAAGCCUCGCACCAACAGACACUGUGA